AUGGCUUUUAACCAUCCUGGAUACACUGAAUGGCUUGCAGCAGAGACAAAACUAGAUGCCAUGCCUCCGCUGAAGCGUCCAGCAGCUUCUACGCCCUCCUCAAAGAGAAGGACAAGAAAAACCUCGACUAGCUUGACUCUGAGCAUCGAGGAUUUUCACCAGCUUGGUGACUUUGCCGAAGCUGGCUUGGAAGCUGUGCGUCUAGCAUUGGAGAGGGCUGACAAGGCAUUGAGUGAUGGGAGAGUGCCAAUCUCUGGUGCUGCGGUGGAGAUGAAGAAGACUGGAGCGCUGCACGUUGUUGCUGUAGGUCAGAAUGGCCGCAUUCCACCGCUGCCCAGUGAAGAAACAGGAUAUCCUACGGAUCAUGGUGAAACUGCAGCCAUAAGAGAAAUAGAGGAUGUCUCAAAAGUGGAUUGGAGCCAGGUUGUUUUUGCAACAUCCCUAAGCCCAUGUGUCAUGUGCGGUGCUGCACUGACGUGGCUUUGGAGUCUUGGGCUUCGUCGUAUCGUUGUGGCAGAAAGCCUCAAUUUCAGUGGUACAGCGGAUAUGCUGGCAAAGCUUGAUGGCAUGACUGUCGUUCGACUCAGCAGCGUCAAAGCUCAAUCCAUGAUGAUGAAGUUUUCGACGAAAUACCCAUGGGAUUGGGCCGCGGACAUCGGCGAAAUACCUCCGAGCGACUUAAAGUUCAGUCAGUCCUUGGAAGAGCGGAGUGAGUCCUUGCGAGUUUUGAUGGCAAAAAUGCAGUCCUUGAUGACCCCAAAAGGACAUGUGCAUUGCAUUGCUGCUGUGGUGAGCGCAAAAGGCAUUCAUGCUUCAGCAGAGGAUGAGCGAUCUCAGAGUGGAGGAAACGAGACUCGAAGUGCAGUAAUGCUUGCCAUGGGACAGGCUGGAUCGCAGGUGAACUUGAGGGAAUGUGUUUUGGUCUUCAUGGCUCCGGGCACGGUGGAAACCAACUUGGAUGACUUUGGCUCCGUGUCCAUUGGGGCUUGCAAGUUGUUUCGACCUGCAAAAGUUGUGGUGACUGCACCUCCUGUCGAUGAACUAAGGGCAAGCCUUGAAGGCGCAGGCAUCCCCGUGCUUGUUGCAGACACGUGA